CGAGGCUCUUUUUUCCCCCGUCUCUCAGGUUCCCUCCUUCUCCUCCCGCCCCUUUUCACAGAGCCGCUGCAGCUUCCCGCAGCCGCGCGCUCCCGUCGAUUGGCGGACUCGGAGGAAGGUCCUCCUCCUUUUCUCCCUCCCUCCCUGCCCCCCCUCCCUCGCGAAUGAGAAGCGGUACUGAUUGCGGCGAGGAAGUUUUGGACCUUUCUCGCUGCCGUAGGCUUCUUACACCGCGGCAAGUCCCGACGGGAUCUUUAGCAAGGACCGGCUCAGGAUUUCGAAUGGAGCGGAGUUCGGCGGCAGUAAGCACGGUGAGGCGCCUCCGGAGCCAGGAGCCGCCGCUACACAAUAAUAACCAGCAACAAGGCCGACGGCGGGGACAGCAGCAGCAGCAGCAUCAGGAGCCUCCGAAGAAAAUCUGGGAGAAAGAAGAAGAUGAGCGGGACGGCAAGAAAAAGUCGGCAGGGAGAGGCGCGAGCUCCCUCCCGGAGCUGCUGACGGCGCUCGCGCUGCUCCUCUACUUGCUGGGUCUUCGCGGGCUCGUGCAUGUUUCCUUCCAGCAGUUGGUGAACGAGGCGAGCGACCCCGCGGAAUUCAACGCCCCGCGCGCCAGGAAAUAUUUAGAAAAUAUUACUGCAAUUGGUCCGAGAAUUGUUGGAAGUCCAGAAAAUGAAAUUUUCACUGUUGACUACCUCUUGAAACAAGUUAAAGCUAUUGAAAUUAAAAGCAAUCAUGCCCAUACAAUCUCUGUAGAUAUACAGAGGCCAACAGGCACUUUCAGUAUUGACUUUCUUGGAGGAUUCACCAGUUAUUAUGACAAUAUUACUAAUAUUGCUGUUAAACUGGAACCCAGAAGAGGAGCUAAACAUGCUGUGAUGUUGAAUUGUCACUUUGAUUCUUUACCAGAUACUUCAGGUGCUAGUGAUGAUGCUAUCAGCUGUUCUGUAAUGCUUGAAAUACUGCACACGCUUUCAAAAUCGUCUGAAUCUUUGCAACAAUCUGUUAUAUUCCUCUUUAAUGGGGCAGAGGAAAGUAUCUUACAGGCUAGUCAUGGCUUCAUUACACAACACCCGUGGGCCAAAUCAGUGAAAGCAUUUAUUAAUCUAGAGGCUGCUGGAGUAGGAGGGAAAGAACUUGUGUUUCAGACUGGACCUGAAAACCCUUGGCUGGUACAGGCAUACAUCUCUGCUGCUAAGCACCCUUUUGGUUCUAUCGUGGCUCAAGAGGUGUUUCAGAGUGGUGUCAUCCCUGCAGACACAGAUUUCCGUAUUUACAGAGAUUUUGGCAAUGUUCCAGGAAUAGACCUGGCUUUCAUUGAAAAUGGUUACAUCUAUCAUACAAAAUAUGACACGGUGGAUCGAAUUUUGACAGAUUCUAUUCAGAGAGCAGGUGACAAUAUCUUAGCUGUGCUAAAAUACUUAGCAAAGUCAGAUAUAUCAACCAAAUCUCAGGAGUAUCAACACGGAAAUGUUGUCUUCUUUGAUGUUUUUGGCAUGUUUAUUAUGGCUUACCCAGCUCGUGUCGGUGCCAUUAUGAAUUGCAUCAUUGCGUCAGUGGCCAUGCUUUAUCUAAGCAAAAAAGUUCUACAGCCAAGAAAAAGAGCAAUUACUUAUCUGAAGGAAUUUGCCGUUGCUUUAGGCUUUAUAGUGCUUGGUUUCUUUGUCACCUUCAUUGGCAUCCUUCUUGUGGCAAUAUUUAUUUCUCUUAUUGGACAAUCUCUUUGCUGGUAUACCCACUACUAUGUCGCCCAUUUUCUCUACGGAUCUGCAGCGCUGGCUAUACUGAUUUUUGUGCAUACAUUAGCCAAGAAAUUUUAUUAUAAACAUGCAAAUGAACAGUUCCUAGGAGAACUCUUCUUUGAUGUUCCACUUGCACUUUGGUCUAUUUCAGGAUUUCUGCUUACUUACCAAGGACUUUCGUCUGCAUAUGUUUGUGCAAUAUGUGUAGCUUUUCCACUCCUCACAAAACUAAUGACCUAUAAGGAAUUGAAAGAAAAAGGUGCUACAAUGAAAUUUGUAACAGUUUAUCUCCUGGGAAUGUUUAUUCCAUACCUCUAUUUAAUGUACCUUCUCCGGCUUGUAUUUGAAAUCCUAAUUCCCAUUAUGGGGCGCAGUGGUUCUGAAGCUCCACCAGAUGUAGUCAUGGGUAUUUUCGUCCUUGCAAUAUGCAUAUUUCUGUCUUCCUAUUUGCUCAGCUUUAUUUAUCUGUCCAGAAGCACAAAGUUGACCUUAAUAUCUUUGACAACUAUUUUUAUAGUCACAUUUAUCCUUGUUUCCAGUGGAAUCUUCUUCCCUUUCAGUUCGGAUUUGGCAAACCCGAGGCCUAAGCGAAUGCUUCUUCAGCAUUUAAACAGAAGAUUUCAUAGCCUAGAUGGUCACUUGGAAAAAAGUGAUUCUGGAAUAUGGAUGAAUGGGAUGGACUACAGUGGGAUAUCGCUCAUUACACCCCACCUGCCUGAGCUCAACGACUCUAUUGCAGCCACAUGUGAGGAAGGAUCCCCUCUCUGUGGAUUUCCUUGGAUUCUACCCGUGAACUACUUUUUUCGGAAAACAUGGUAUCUUCCUGCACCAGCAAUUACUCCCCAAAACCCUAUUCGCUUUCAGCUUCUUUCUAAAGAGCAAACACAAUGGGAUUCUACAAAGCUAACCUUUGAAGUAAUAGGUUCAAGCCACAUGGCAUUAUAUCUUCGACCACAUCAAGGCUCAACACUGUCCACUUGGUCUCUUGGAAAUGGAACUCCCCUUGUUAAUAGCUUGAAUGGAGACUAUUUUGUGUAUUAUUCACGUGGGCUCCAUGCCAACCCCUGGCACUUUUGGAUCGAGCUGAAGGGUUCGGACAAAUCCACGAAAGGAAUGGUCACCCUUGCCAUAGCUAACCAUUUUUUUUUUGGAGAAGAUCAAAAGUCAUCUCCGUUACAUGCUUUAUUGGAAAGAUUUCCCAGCUGGAUUUGUCCCUUAAGUUGGACUUCUACCUAUGACCAGUUUAUCUUUUAAUCUAGAAAUUACAAAGGUCAAUUGUCUCUCAAUUGUUGGAUGGCACUUUUGUCCAUAGGAAGCUUGAGUGACUCGGGAAAGAUGGCAUUCCUGACUGAAAGAAAAACUAUGAGGAAUAAUUUAGCCUAAAGUAUAUUUCAAUGGCAGUAUUGAUAAGACCUCUUUGGGGAAGGAGGUCUUUUGUUUCUUUAUUGCAAAAAAAAUAUCACCAGUUUCUGCCACUUGAAUAGUCCCUUCACCUGCUGACAUUAUAACAUGAAACUGCCUUUUGGAAAAUAGCUUUAGAACAGCUGUUCUUGGGUUUUUGCAAUAAAAGGAGCUUUUGAACUGGAGCUACAAGCACAAAAUAACAUACUUUACUGCCUUUAAAUAACACAAGUGCUGCCUUGUGCUUAAUAUUUUGAUGUGUUCUCAUUGACUAAAGAAUUGUUGUAAUUAAGCACCGUUAAGGCUAUCAUGAAGAAUAUGGAGCUGUUAAUGGUAAUUGCUGCAAUAAUGAUACUCAUUUUGAAU